GAGUGUAGUAUGGUAAAAACGCUUCAAACUAACAAAUUAAUAAAUAGUUUUACCAAAUCAAGUGUUCUCUUUCUACCCGGCAUACUACAGGAAUCCCAGCUCUUCGUAUAACUUUUUUUUUGAUGAUAUUUGUUACCUUCCUUAUCUUCAAUACUAGUAACAAUUGUAUUACACUGGUAUGUUCUUAGAACAGAACAUUUGGUUUAAAAAUGUGUAGGUUGUGUUUAUUUAAUGCAUUUACACCGGCGAUAUAUCCGAGCUACCAGUCGAGUGUCACGUCGGCAUCGAAAAAUAUUUAAAACACCUCCUUGACAAAACAUAAAACACCUCCGAUUUCAAUAUAAUCACCAAAGAUAACUGAUAACAUCCAAUUAGUGACGCAGUGUCAUUUUGAGAUCUCAUUUUAUUCAUAAUCAACAUCGAAAAAGUGAAUAGAAAAUCCUCAAAAAAAACCUUGACGUUUUGGCAUACUCCCAAAAACUAUUAAAAUCUUUCUCACUCGAUUUAUAUACAUCCUCAAAUACAGUGUUCUAUAAUUUCGAGUUGAUUCAGUGAUCGGUCGUUGCGUAAAGAACCUUGAGAUACGCCGUUAUCGUGAUUGGAAAGUGCCCGGAUGUGCAUAAUGCAAAAAAUGAAGUGUUGAAUCGUUGAAAGAUGCCCGCUGUUUUGGAGAUUGUUCAUCAAGAUGCAAAGAGGAAGACCAAGAGUGAGAGGAGGAAAGUCUGUCAAUAUCAGAGAUUGGGAGAAACAAGGAGAGUUGCUGAAAGAAUGGAACGAUGAAUUGUGCAGUGCGGAAUCGUUACCCGAAGUGGAAAUUAUCAGCCUCUUAGAAGAACAGAUUCCGAAGUAUAGAUUAAGAGCUGAUACACUAACUAAAUUUGGAGGUUACGAAAAUCAAGACUGGUUUAUACCGUCGCCGGCUCUCGAGGUUGACGAGGCCGAUUUGAAGUUAUCGCCGGAUCAAAUCCGGGAAACUUUGAAUUAUUUCCUUCUAUGUAGCAAUCGCGUGAGCCAAAUGACAAAGACCUACGAUGAUAUUGAAGCGGUUACUAGGCUUCUGGAAGAGAAAGAAAAGGAUUUAGAACUGACAGCUCGAAUCGGUAAAGAACUUCUGGUAAAUAACAACAAACUAGAAAAUACAGUGGCGUCAUUAGAAACGGAUCUGAAAGCGGCUCACGAAAAAAUCACUCAACUCAGUCAUGAAGUACACAAAAAAACUGAACUCAUACAAAUACUCACCAACGAUAUGGACGAUGUCGGUUUCGAGAACGGAUCAUCUGGGAAAGUUAAUUUGGAAUUGAUGAACAAACGGAUUUCUUCACUGGAAGAUGAGAAUAAGGCUCUGAAAAUGGAAUAUUGUCGAUUGGCAUCUUGUGCAGAUGAUAUAGAAGCCGAAGAAGCUAGAUUACUGAAAGAUCUUACAGGGCAGCUGACUUGUGCCAAUUCGAGCAUGACCUAUUUAGAAGACGAAGUAGAUAGAUUAAAAGAUGAAAAUAGGCAACAACACGAGCAAAUUUUGGCAUUACAGUCCCAGCUUCAAGACACCGAAAGUAAAUUACGUAAGAUCUUAACAGAAAAUGACGAAUUGAGUGGCAUUCUCCAAAUCACCAAAGAUAAUCAAGGUAGUUUAGCUGUCGAAUUAUCAGAAUUCAAAGCUCGGUAUUAUGAAGUCGAAGCAUUACUACGUGAUGCUCAGGAUCAAUUAAGGAAACUAAGAAAGAAGCAAAUGCCCGGUGCUAGGAUAAAUAUGUUCUCAUCUUUAGGACAGAACGCAAUUGGACCUUAUGACAGCCUUCAGAGCGAACUUGAGAUGUCUAUACAUUCUGAACUAAGCACUGAUUCUGGUAUAUCAAAUUCGGAUUUAGUGCCACAAUACAAGAAAGUAUUUGAUACGGUGAGAUGUGCUUCACAGAAUUCUCUCAGCGGAAGUGACAGCUUGGGCAGUCUCCAUUCUAGUAUGGGCGGUUAUGUAAGUAAUAUUGGAAACAAUUCAGGACCGAGAAUGUCUUCUAGAAUGCAAACUGCUACAGAUUUAAGAAGAUCAUCAGGAUCAAUAUAUAGUAGCAGUUCUUUAGGAUAUCCCAGUAUAGAGUCUACAGGAUAUUCAGAUACAGAUUGUAGUCAAACAGACUCGGAUGAAGGAUAUCCAAGUGGACCCCGCAAAGGAAUACCUGGAGUACCUGGUGCUACAGAACUAGAAGCCGCUUUGAAGAGAUUAACCCCUGGUGAAAUUUUGGCGAGGAGAGCAAAUCUUCAACAUGGACCUACGUAUGGGGGUUAUGAAGGUGAGUCGUACCUUCCAUUCGGUUGUCGAACUCCAGACAGUUUAAUGUCUACUGGCUCCAGUCACUACCAUGGUUGGAAGUUACCUGAGAAGCUGCAAAUCGUCAAGCCAAUGGAAGGGUCGCAAACUUUACAUCAAUGGUCACAAUUGGCACAACCUACCUUCGGCGGCAUUCUAGAUGAAAGACCUGGUGUAAAAAUAAGAGUUGGUAAAGAACUAGAAGAACUCGGUUUAGAAUCAUAUGCACUUAGCGAUUUAGAAGAAGACGAAGAAUAUACCAAUCCCGGGAAGAUAUUUGAUGCAUCUGUUCAUACAUACACUUACACCAAUAGCACUAUAAUGCAUCCUGAUGAUGGUACCACAUCAGUAACGCACAGUCAAAUGGGAAGUCGCAUGGCAUCAGUUUGUUCGAGCGUUCAACCAUCUCCACCUCAAACUCCAAUAGUCAGAAGUAGAAGGAAUUCUUGUAGUACUUUCUCCACUACCAUGGGUUUAGCCAAGAUGCUUAAUGAAAGAGGUAUCAAAGCAGUGACUCCAUCUUGUGUACCAACCCCAAGUGGACCUAACAGUUUUACUCCGACAGCCACUCCACAUAACAGCCCUGAUAGCAGUCCAAUGUCAACAAGACCUGGCUCUCCGGAACCCUAUGAGGAACUAAGCCUGCCUCAAUUAAUUUUAAGCUCAGUUCCAACGUUUCUGAGAGACACCAUCGGCGGGGGGGCUAAAAAGAAAGUCCCUCUUCCUAAACAUAAGAGAGUUCGAACGGAGAAAAACGAGAGUCUUGUGGGAAAGAUAGAAAGAAUGGGUAUUAAUAAUCUAAUGGCGAAUCCCAGCGCACUGUACGCUCGACCAGCACUCACAAGUCCCAUGGCACAAUUAACUUGCCUGUUACCUAGUCAUGGUAAUGAAGAUUUACCUUCCAAGGGACAGAAACAACCUAGCCCGCUUUCUACUAUAUCCGAACCGACAGGAAUAUCUUCACAGCGCAAAGGUAAUUUAGGAGUACCUGGCAAACCGGGUAGUGGAGCACUAAAUCGUAGAUUAGAACAACUUAACGCACGUAAACAACGUCGACAGCAACAGGGAGGGGGUGUUACAAGACCCGAUUUAGGAACAGUAUCGGUAUCUAAACCUGUUGAACAACCUGAACAACAUACAUCGACAUUAGGAACAUUAAGUUCAUUGCUAUUCGGUAGAAAAGGCGGUUUAUUCUAAAAAUAAGGUAGUCAAAAUAUAAAUCAUAUUUCAAUACUAUUGACGUUAUGUAAAAUGCCAUUUGUUUAAUUUCUCUUUAUGCAUACAAAUAAGUCCAAUGUUAUUACGUUUAACAAGUCAAAAAAUUAUAAAUCUGUUGAAAAAAAUACUUUUUGAAUGUAUAAUAAUAUUGAUACCUAGACCGGGAGGGAUUGGAGAAGUAAUUGUCCGCGAUUCCUGCCCUUUGAGUUAUUGAAGAAGUAUAGAAAGUACUUGUGAUUCCUGAAAAAAUAGGAUUCCAUUGACAUUUUCCUGAGAAAAUAAGAUUUUCCAAAAACAAAAAAUAGGUGACCUGCCGUGUUUUUCUGAUUCCUAUCAUGUUUAUAGAAUGAUAUUUUACAUACCCAAACCUUUUUGUUCGGGGACUUACCUUCCUUGUGGAAUCUCACACAAAUAUGUGGUAAAAAACUCCAUCAGCUCUUUUAAGGCUAUGUUCGAAGGAACUAGAUAUUCCCACGUGAACUUUAUCCAAAAUAGAGUUAAGGUCAAGUCCUUAAAUGUUUAUUUCAGAGUAAAAUCACAAGAUACUUCUGUAAGGGAGUCUUCUUCAGAGAAGCUCAUCUUGUAUUUUUGGAAAAUACCUCCUAAAACAAAAACCAUCGUUAAGUAUAUAAAUAACAAUUUUUAGGAUAUUCAAGUUACGUAAAUAUCAGUUGGAAAAAUGGUAUUAUUCAUAAAAAAUCUGUACUAAUUACCUGAGACUGGUAGCCAAUACUCGAUGUUCCUUUAUUGCUAAUCUUGAGUCCAUAAGUUUCUAAAAAGUUAUUGAGGAGUGAAAAAACAUCAAAAGAACUCUUUUCCAUUUGGCUGACCCAUCUUUCAAAUUUUUUAAUGUUUGCUUCUAUCUUAUCUUGCACAUAGAACUUGUGGACGUCCUUUUCUAAGUGUCAAAUAAAGAAUGUUCAGGUUACUGAAAACGUCCCUUAAAUAUGAAAGCUGUAUCAGCCAGUUUUAAUAGUGAAAUGUUUCCAAAAAUUUGGCUAUCUAUUUGGCCCCAUCGUCAUUUUUCACCAAAAACAUCACGAAGCUCAAACAAUCUUGACAGCACUUCACUCUUGAGAGCCACUGUACUUUACAUCAAUUCACAUAUUCUUGGUCUGUUUCGGAAACCUUAAAAACAAAUAUUUGAAAUAUACAUAUUUUAUUAGGUAUUUUGGGUGUUAAAAAAAUGAUAAACAAUCGUUCUAUAAACGUGGCGGGGAAUCGAAUUUCGUCGCAAGACACACUUUUGUUUGUUUUUGGAAAAUUUCGUUUACCAGGAAAUUCGUUCCAAUCCCUUCCGGUUUAUAAUGUGUGGUCACAUUAUUUACCCAAUUGCUUUAUGAACUGGGAAAGUUGUGUAUAAAACAUUUUUUUUCACUUAACAACUUCAUAUUAUAUCAUUUAAAAGAAUAUUUUUAUAGGUAUAUAUUGAAACCAUCUUAGCAAUAAAAAUUAGUUUUUCAAUAAAUAAUGCAAUGUACAUUGUAGAAACUAAGACUACAAUAACUAAUUUUUUAAAUUAAACCAACAGGUCAUUGGCCUACCUUAUUCAUUAUUUAUUUUUAAAACUUCAUGGACUGACCUUUAUAUUUUCAUGUUGUCACAAGGAAUAACUUUCCUUCCAAAGUUGAUGAAUUUAUAUAAUAACGUCAAUAGUAUUCAAAAUUCAAUCAUAGGGUUAAUAGCGAGGUUGAAAAUUUUUUAAAAUAAAAUAUUAUUAAGUAGACGAGUUAACAGUAUUGUUUCGACUUAGUCAUGUAAUGAUUACAGCACAAGUGAUUAUUAUAAACUUCUAAAAUCAUCUCCUCAAAGAUGUGUCCAUAGGAAGUUAACUUUUCGUUACUUUUUCCAUGUUCCAUUUAUGAAAUCAAAUUAUUAACUAAACAAAAAGUUGCUGCUUGUUUAUUGAAAUAUUAUUUAUAUUGUUGCAAAUUUAAAUACCUUAUUAUUUUGGUUCAGUUCAUUUCUAAAUGUUGAAUUUUAAUUUAACGCUGAUGUUAGUUGAAAUAACAGUAGAAACGAUUUGUCAAAGUUAAAACCUUAUUGUAUCAAAUACAAAUUUUAUUAAAAUAUGAUAUUUUUCUUCAUACGUGGUUUUAUAAAAAUAAAAUAGCCUCAAAUCUAGAAAUUUUACUCAAGAAUUUAAAUUUAAAAAGAUUAGACAUAAGAAAUUUAAUUUAAUUUCUUAACUGGUAUAAAACCUUUAGUUGAAUUGGACACAUGUGUUUGUAUCACUUGCUUCUUAAAAUGUCUUAAUUACCGAACUAAGUGUAUCUUAUUUUAAAAUUAUAUUUAAAAAUUUUAAGGCAUCCAAGCUUUAAAGGCAUUAACAAAAUACAUCGUAUUAAAUUAUUGUCAACAAUGUUUACUUUUUUAAAAUAUUAUUUUUUAAAAUACUUAUUAGCUACAGCAUGAUAUUUUUGUUGGAAAUUAAAACAUUACUUAUCUUAUUUUGAUUCGAUGCAAUUUAAACAUAGCAGUCAGCAGUUCACUUAGACGUUAAACCAUCUUUUGGUCAAUUAGUUUCCAUAUAUGUGUUUUAAUUUGAAAAUCUUAUUGAGGCCACAGAUCUCCUAAAUUUAGAUAGAUAUUUGCUCUACCCAAAUUGAUAUCAACUGGGGGUCUAAACUAGAUCUACAAUAUGAUAUCCUUCAUAAAAUAUUUGUACCUUAACUUUUCAACUUUCACUCAAUAUUAUUUUUUGAUUCUGAGGUAAUAUUUUCCUAACAAUAACAAUUUAUCAUAAAUAUACAUUGGUUUUAUAUACAGUGCCAAUAUUGUUUAACCUUAAUAUUAUAUAAUUUUCUAAUAUUUUUUUAUCAAAUAUUGUCCAUAUUUUUAACAGUUUCAUACUAUUAGAUCACUAUUAUUUUACGAAAAGAUGCAAUAAUAACUCUAGGAAAAAUAAUAUACUAGGGCGCUUUAAAUAUAAUCGAGACAAACGCUCUGACUCACUCAUUUGUUAUCGAAAAUAUUCACAAAAAUUUCCAGUUUUUCUAGGUAAUUCCCCUCAGUAGUUUCGAGCGAUAAGCGGGUUUCACGUGACUUUACAGAAGGUUAGAGUAAUAUGCAGCAUUUAUGGAACGUUAUGUGCAUAGAAAGUCAACGUACAUCCCUCCCUAUCGGUUCCUGAUGUUGAGGGUUGAGGACUCGGAAUAAAACUGUCCAAGAGUCUUUAAAAUGCCAACGUUUCGAUCUUCAUCAAAGCUAAAAAUAUAUGGUAUAUUAUAACUCAAACGUUGUUUAUCUUCAUCAAAGGCAUUUUAACAAACUUUUGGACAGUUUUAUUUUGAGUCUUCAACCCGUAACACACUUCGAAAUUACAUACUAGGAAGGACAAUAAUAUCAAAAAUGACAAGUACACAUAAUCUUACCCGCAGACCUGCUCUCGUAAUUAUUGUGUUAACAAAUUUUUUAAUGACACACUUGCAACUAGAAGUUGUAUACGAAUUUUAUAACUUUUUAUCAUCAUUUCGUUCUUUUUUGUUAUUUUCAAUGCAAAAAAGUAUUUGUUGAGUAGUUUGUAGAUUUUGGCUAUUAACAUCUCUUUUUGUAAUAAUUAUUUGUUUAUAUUAGUGGAAUUACCAUUAACUAUUAGCUAGAUCGAAAGGAUCAAGUUUUUAAUGUCGUUACAUAUCAAAAAAUCUUCUUUAUUUGUUUUUUAUACUUUUAACUAUUUUUAUAGAAUAAAAGUGGCUUAAUGCGAAACCGAUAUAUUUUAUUUAUAAAAACCCUUCAAUAAUACAACAAAUUCAGAUUGCUUGGAGCCUUGCAAUGUAAUAAGCCAGUUUUGGAAGUUGUAAGUGGUAAAAUAUACAUUUUCAAGUCCAUAAUUUCCCUAAAUUUUGGAUCAAGUCACUUUUGUUCAGAACAUGAGAAAUACUGAAUAAAACUUGAAUACAUUGAUGCACAUCUCGCCGCAUAUGGUCCUUCAAGCCGGAUAUUUUGUAUUGAAUAUUUUUUAUUCCAUAUAAAAAACAAAAUCUAAAUUUUUUUAUCAUUAUUUGUGUUAUUUCAAAACAUUCACUGACUUCAUUGCAUCAAUACAUAUAAUCUUUUGAAUGGCAUGUGUUUAAAGAUUUUCAUAAUAUAUUAAAGUAUCCGCGCUUUUCCUUUUUCUGUUUUGAUUUGAUCGAGGUGAUUGUAUAAUUGUACUUAAUAGAACGCCAUAUAUAACUUUAUAUAUUUCAGACUUUGAUGUAGCACAAAAGUAUAUUUUAUAAAUUUGAUUUUUGGAUACCUUUCUAUUUGGUGCUGUUUUAAAUGCUAAGUUAUAGUUGUAACUCUUAGGGGUCUAUUAUGUACCUUUUUUGGUUAAAAAUAACCAAUGGUUAUAUUUAAACGUUGUGUAUAACCUUUGUAUUCUAUCAUCAAAACUUUAGUUGUAUAUGUAACCAACAGCGGGUAUAGUUUUGAUUAUAGUAUUAUUUAUAUCGACAAGGUGUAAGGAUAUAAAAUAAUUUAACUACAUUUUCAAGGAUUUUGUAACGUUGUCAAACUUGUGCUUAACUUCGGUACGUAAAUAUAACCGUAUAGUUAAAAAUGAAAAAUUAACCAGAUAUUUAAAACUGAACAAUACAGAAUACUCAACCGAUUUAAUUUCUAUAUCGAUGUUGUUAAAAAUAAAUUGAUAACCUAAUGGUUACAAAUAACCGAAAAGUUACAGAAUAGACCCCUUAAUGUAAAUAAUAUUUUAUGUAUAUAGUCAUGAUAGCAAUCCCGAAACUAUUGAAAAUUAUUUGAAUGUAGAUUAUUACACCUAUAAAGUGCCAAACGUUAAUUGACACAUAUCUCUUACAGCAAUUAAUUUAAAUUUACUUUUCAUUAUUAAGCAAUAAUUGUGGAUUUGUCAUGCAGUAGCCCAGUGCUAAUCUAAAUGUGAAACUAUUUGUUAAUGAAAAACUCCACUUCAAUAAAAAUCUAAUCAAAAA